AUGUCAACAGAUUCUUAUCCUUCUUCCUCCAAAGAAAUUCUCACUCUUUUCACAAACCUUCAAACUCAGCUAUUUGAAGCUGUUGCAGAGCUCCAAGAAAUUCUUGAUCUUCAAGAUGGAAAACAGAAACUCUCACAUGAAAUCAGGUCAAAAGAUGCUGCAAUUCUUGCACUUGCAAGCAAGCUCAAAGAAGCUGAGCAGGUUCUUGACAACCUUGUGGAUGAUUACUCAGAUUAUCGCCGUUCAAAACGGUCCAAGUCAGAAGAUGUUGCAGAAGAUUCUUCAACCACCACUGUGGCAUCUCAGCUGAAGCUUUCUGAUAUAUUGUCGUAUGCCCAUAGGAUAAGCUACACUACUUUUGCACCACCAGAAUUUGGUGCUGGACAGGCUCCUCUCCGUGGGGCACUCCCACCUGCUCCACAGGAGGAGCAAAUGCGGGCAUCCCAACUGUACGCUUUUGCUGAUCUUGAUGUUGGUUUACCAAAAACAGAUGAGCAUAAGAAGAAAAUUAUAGAGCCAUUGAUCGAAACUCCUGUUGGGCAACCAGCAGAGCCAAAUCCACUGGCCAAUCUAGCUGGAAUGCAGGGUCUGCUUCCACCUAAUAUUGCUGUGCCAUCAGGAUGGAAACCUGGAAUGCCCGUGGAGUUGCCCAGUGAUCUACCUAUUCUUCCUCCACCUGGUUGGAAACCUGGUGAUCCAGUGGCACUCCCCCCAUUGGAUUCUCUUCCUGUACCUCCUAGAAUUGAAGAGCAACAACCUCAGCAUAUCCCCCCUCCAAUGCUUACAAAGGCACCCGAGCCUAUACAAGUUCUGCAUGUGCAGCUUGACAUUGACGAUGACAGUAGUGAUUAUAGCAGUGAUGUUGGUAGCUCUGACAGUGAAGAUUAG